AUGUAUUCUUUAACUGCUAUCACAGUCCUUUUAUCUUUGGCUUCCCAGUCCCUGGGUGCUCCAACUCCAAAAGAAAUUACAGCCAGAAAGCCAGCUCUCAGUGGUAGUGGGCCAACUCGAUCAGGAGAUGGCAGUGUUGCAGCUGGAUGGCCCGCCACCAGUGAUUGGCUCACAUUUGAUACUUUGUGGACUGCCAACGUUGACACAAUCAACGCUGCAUGUACUGGUGCCAUACAGAACAGCGCUGCGGAGACCGCAGACAUCAAGACCGGUAUCUUGUCAGCAGCUUCAGCAUAUGGUGUAGACAGUCGCUACAUCCUAGCAACCAUCAUGCAAGAGUCCCAUGGCUGCGUCCGCGUUGGCACGACCGCCGGCGGAAACGCCAACCCCGGACUCAUGCAAGACCACGAUGGGGAUUACAACUGCAUUGGGGUUGCAGCUGGCGCAUGCUCAGCUACUCAGAUCAGCGGCAUGAUAAACGAUGGCACAGGCGGAACUCUCUACAAGGCCAGUGGUGGAAAUGGUCUCGAGCAGGAAAUUGCAAAGGCAGCUACCUUGGGAGGAACAACGGCGGCUCAGGAUGUCUAUAUUGCGGCCCGCCUCUACAACUCUGGCGACUACUCUUAUGCGGCUGGAGAUGAUCUCUCUAACCCACCUGAUGCGACCCCCACCUAUUGCCAGGAUAUCGCCAACCGCUUGAUCGGCUACGUCUUCUAA